GUCCGUACCGGAAGUGCUUAUAAUAUUUGCUAACUUGACGACUCUAAUCUAGCUUCAAAAAUCAGACGGCUGAUACAUGAGUGUUUUCUUAUUAAAAAAUGUCGAUCGAAAUAUUGGAAUAUUUCAGUUUGGAGGACAUCUAGACGUCGUGUAUGUUCGUUGCUCCACCAUGGCGUCCGUUCUUCGCUUUGCUGGAGAUUUUAAUUGAUGAAAAAGUAAAGAAAGGUUGAUUCUUCGCCUCCCCAGAUGUGGCCACCACCUCUGCUGAGACUUCUGUUCAUGAACGGCAAAGAUGCUUUGAUUGGGCGGCUGUGGCUCGGCCUGGAGGGAUGACAGGACUUCAGCAGACAUGGAGACAGGAGAGACACACAGACAGCUGGAGACGCCAUAUUUAGUCAGUCUACAUUCUCAUUAAAUCCACUCAGGAUCACAGAAAAGCCUAUUUUUAUAUAUUUUUUUCUAUUCAGAGCUGUUUUUGUUAGUUAUAGUAAAGCCAUACUCAGCUGUCAGCCUUCACGAUGAGCUCUGAGGGCUUUCAGUACCGAGCGCUGUACGACUACAAGAAGGAGAGGGAGGAGGACAUCGACUUGCAUGUUGGAGACAUGCUGCUGGUCAGUAAAGGAGCGCUGCUCGCUCUCGGCUGCAGCAACGGAGCAGAAGAGCGUCCUUCGGAGAUCGGCUGGCUGCCGGGCUUCAACGAGACCACACAGGAGAAAGGCGACUUUCCAGGGACGUACGUGGAGUUUAUUGGCAGAAAGAGGAUGUCCCCGCCCACCCCGAAGCCCCGCCCACACAGGCCGCCAUCUGCAGCGUCUGUGAGGACCGACUCCGAGUCAGAAGGCUUCAUGUUGCCAGACCUCCCUGAGCAGUUUGGACCCCCGGACACAGCCCCCCCCCUCCUCAGCAGACUGAUGGAGGCCAUAGAGCCCAAAGGUCUGGACAGUCUCAGUGUGUAUCGCAACCUGAGUGGAGGAGGUCUGGACACCCGGCAGCUGGCCGACACAGACCUGGAGCAGCUGGAGGUGUCGGCUCUGUGUGACGGGGUGUUCCGGUUCCUGCUGGAUCUGCCCGGUCCCGUCCUCCCCUCCGCGCUGCAGGCCGACAUGAUUCACGCAGUGCAAGAGGUCCGGGACCUAGAGGACUGUGCUCAGGUGCUGCGGGGGGUGGCCAGCUCGCCGACCUGCCCGGCCCAGUACGGCCUGACCCUGCUCAGUGUGGUCCGACACCUGGCCCGGCUCUGUAUGCACAGCGCCAGGAACCAGCUGAGCCCCCGGAACCUGGCGGAGAGCUUCAGCCCACUGCUGUUCAGACAGGCAGCAGGGUCUGACUCCAGUCUGGAUCCUCUGGUUCAGGUCCUGGAGGUUCUGAUAACCAGCGAGCUCAACAUGAACCAGGCUGCACCAGCGUUGCCUCCUAAACCGGUGAAGUCUUCAACUCCAGCACCUUCCUGUAGUUUCAACAACAGUAUUUCUCUGCAGGAUGCUGAGUGGUACUGGGGAGACAUCUCCAGAGAGGAGGUUAAUGAGAAGCUGAGAGACACAGCUGACGGUACGUUCCUGGUUCGAGACGCCUCCACUAAGAUGCACGGAGAUUACACUCUGACUUUGAGGAAAGGAGGCAACAACAAACUGAUAAAGAUCUUCCACCGGGAGGGAAAGUACGGCUUCUCGGACCCUUUGACGUUCAGCUCAGUGGUGGAGCUGAUCAACCAUUACCGCCACGAGUCCCUCGCCCAGUACAACCCCAAACUGGACGUCAAGCUGCUCUACCCGGUCUCCAAACACCAGCAGGACCAGGUGGUGAAGGAGGACAGUAUUGAAGCUGUGGGGAAGAAGCUCCACGAGUAUCACCUGCAGUACCAGGAGAAGAACCGAGAGUACGACAGACUGUACGAGGAGUACACCAGAACCUCGCAGGAGAUCCAGAUGAAGAGGACGGCCAUCGAGGCGUUCAACGAGACCAUAAAGAUCUUCGAGGAGCAGUGUCAGACUCAGGAGCGCUUCAGCAAAGAGUACAUCGAGAAGUUUCGUCGAGAGGGCAACGACAAAGAGAUUCAGAGGAUCAUGGAGAACUACGACAAGCUGAAGUCUCGGAUCAGUGAGAUCGUGGACAGUAAGCGUCACCUGGAGGUGGACCUAAAGAAACAGGCCGCAGACUACAGAGAGAUCGACAAGAAGAUGAACAGCAUCAAACCAGACCUGAUCCAGCUCCGCAAGACCAGGGACCAGUACCUCAUGUGGUUGACUCAGAAAGGAGUUCGUCAGAGGAAACUCAACGAGUGGCUCGGCCUGAAGAACGAAACCACAGAGGAUGAGUACAGCAUGGUGGAGGAUGAAGAGGAUCUUCCUCAUCAUGACGAGCGUCUGUGGCGUCUUGGAAACAUCAACCGCAUUCAGGCCGAGUCUUUGCUCCGCGGAAAGAGAGACGGGACCUUCCUGGUCCGAGACAGCAGCAAGCCGGGCUGCUACGCCUGCUCUGUGGUUGUGGACGGAGAGGUGAAACACUGCGUCAUCAACAAGACCGGCACCGGUUUUGGUUUUGCGGAGCCCUACAACCUGUACGGCUCUCUGAAGGAGCUGGUGCUGCACUACCAGCACACCUCACUGGUCCAACACAAUGACUCGCUCAACGUCACGCUGGCCUUCCCCGUCUACAGCCAGCAGAGACGGUGACCCGACCCGGCCCCUACCGCCAUCCUAGACCAGCUGCAGAACCACAACCUGACCACGUCACACAUUUAACGUUCAAAGCUUUGCGGGAUAACUCAGCACAACAGCGACACCCUCGACGCAAAGAAGUCGAGAAGUCUGUUCAACUUGUAGAGACUUUUUAUAAACCGUCCUGGUGCUGCAGAUCUCAGUGUGUACAGUUCAGUACACUUGGUUGGUUACAUCCUGUAGGAGUGGUGACAAUGAAAAACUAAUAUUUUACUGUGAAACAUGGAGCUUUAACUUCCUGGUGAGGGGAAAAAAAAAAACAAGCAGCUCCACCCAAUUCUCAGUAAAGAUACAGAGUAAAGAAAAGACAAAAAAUAGUUCAGUUAUUAAGCUGAUUCGGUGCCGAAGAUCAACAUGUAUCGCAAUUUAAUCCCAUCAGAGACCGAGAACACACUUGAGGUCGGGAUCACAUGGGAACCUUUUUAGUUUUCUCUGAAAGAUUUAAGCAUGGCUACAACAGAAAGAGUUGAGGGUUCAGAGUUUCCCUUAAAUACAUUUAGAAAGACGUUCUUCCUUUUUUAGUUUAUUGCAGCACACAUAACAUACAGUAUAUAUUAAAUGAAGUAUUUGGCAAUGAUUACCAAAUGAUUUGUAAACCUCUAAGAAAUCACUUACAACCCGCAGUAAACGUUUGGAUGGAUAUAAUGAAGUGGCAACUAAUGAUUAUAAUACCUUGUUAAUGGUUAAUUAAUACUUUGUAAAGCAUCUAUUGUUAUUUAGCUAUUAUCACUGCACAAAAAAAACAAUCAUCUCUUUUAUAGAUCACCCAAAAAGAUUUAAUGGGGCCACAUUCAUGUUCCUUGAUGAUUUAUAAACCACUUAUUAAUCAUUAAUUAUUAAAAGUAGAGCCCGACGGAUAAAGGAUUUUUAAGGCCGAUAUCGAUACAAAUAUUUGGUGAUUUAAAAAUCCGAUAUCGGCCGAUAUGAAAAUAUGAAACUUAAAGUCCUUUGAAGAAAAACACAAUAACAACAAAAAAAAAAAUUAAAGAGUGUUGCCAACGGGGACGUUAUAGAGCGCCCUCUGGUGGACAAACUAUGCAACGCCAACACUCAGAACAUGGUUGAAGGGUGUUUCGUCCGUUUUUAUUUUAUUUAUUAAAUAUUCGUUUAUCGGCCAUUAUAAAUAAUUUGGAAAAUGCCUAAUAUCGGCGGACAAUAUCGGCCCCCAUAUAUAUCGGUCGGGCUCUAAUUAAAAGCAUUAGAUGCAAUUUUAUGUUAUCCAUCAAAAUAUUUAUAGAUGGUUUACAAAAUAAUUAACACUGACAAAGUAUUAACUACAUUUAUUAAGUAAUUCUAUAUUUCACAAAACUCAUGAUACAUUAACAUAAAUGAUAACAUUACUAAUAAUUAGUAAACCUUAACAGUAAAAUAACCAUUAACUAAUCAAUGAUGGUUAUUAUAAAGUGUUACCGAAGUGAAAAGCGCUCAAAAACAACGGUUUUCAGAUUUAAAAAAAAUGGUUCGACAAGUGCAGUUUUCUACUGAUACUUUCAGGCACGUUGAGAUUAAUUGACCUUAUGAACACGAACGCUUCAGGCUCGUUCUGAGACGCGUUCCAUGUGAUCGCGACCUUGGUGUGAGUCGAUACUGCGACUGGCACUUCCCAGUUUGAUUUCCGUUUCCUGUCCGAGGAGAAGCGAGGUGCUGAAAUAUGUCACACGUUUUGUCUUGUGGAGGUCAGAGCUGGACUGACGGACUCCUCCUUUAAUCUGAACUGCUGAUCCAGCACGCUUCAACAGAACACAACUACAGACUGAUGAUGAUGAUGAUGAUGAUGAUGUCAAAGACAAAAUGGCGGACAAUCCAGAGAGGCUUCUCUUGCAUAAACACUGUGAGUGACUCUGAACGAGGUUUAAAAUGAGGGCGAACCGACUGACCCGCAUUUCUAUAUAUCAGGAGAGAAAUAAACGAGAAAGCUUCAUCAUCCAAAGACCCGAUCCCCGAAACACCUUCCCUCCAAUCCCCACCCCGAAAAAAUCCCAGCAGUGUUUUUCAAGGUCCAGUUUCUUCAGGUUUUUUUGGUUGCCGCUAUAAAGUGUGGUUUAAGUUUGCAGAGCGGAGGAAUGAUUCUUCAACUCUUUCAUUUAACUUUAAUUAAACAUCUGGCACAGAGAUUUACUCCUGCUGGAUCAAAACUGUUACAAAUUCAGGAAUGACGAGAACUGGAUCUUUCUGGAUCUACUCAUCUAAAGUCUCAAAGACUCGUCAACAAAACGCAGCCUGUAAACCUUCGUGUCGACGCUCAGCUGAUCACAAAUCACAUUUUUCAUCUUUAUGGAUUACAUUUUUUGUUCCUUUUUUUUGUGUGCAUUUGGACACACGGUUUCCUUUAAACCAGGUACAUGAGAUGAAACGGUCUGCAAGGAUUCUGAAAGUAUUACAUCUGUUGUCAUGGUAACCACCUGGUAACUUUUUUGAAGUCUGAAGCUUUUUUUCCACACAUUGGAUCGGAAAUGUCCUGGAUUUUUAAUUUACUUAUUUCACAAAAGUCCUGGUUUUUCAUUCUGACAUUAAAACCAAACUAGUGAACACAAACAAGAAUCUGUAACAUGAGACAUUAAGAAGUUGUGAAAACUGAUGAAUAAAACAUUUGGUUUGAUUGUC